AUGGGGGACGUGACGGUGACUAAGUCCCCUGACGGGGUUUGGUGUUUGUGCAGGUUGGUGAGGGAGCGGCUGAAGGCGGAGGUAGAGGAGAUGAAGAGUCAGUUCUCAGGGUUCAGACCCGGUCUGGUGGUCCUGCAGGUGGGAGACCGAGACGACUCGAACUUGUACAUCAGCAGCAAGCUGAAGGCUGCAGCCGAGAUUGGAAUCGAUGCAAAACAUCUGAGACUGCCGAACACGACGACGCAGGACGAGGUGCUGCAGAGCAUCCUGUCUGUCAACCAGAACCUGUCUGUCCACGGCCUGAUCGUCCAGCUUCCUCUGGACUCCGUCAGCUCCAUCGACACUGAACUCAUCACCAACGCUGUGUGUCCAGAGAAAGACGUGGACGGUCUGAGCUGUAUGAAUGCAGGGAAGUUGUCUCGAGGAGAUCUGAGCGACUGCUUCAUCCCCUGCACCCCCAAUGGCUGCAUGGAGCUCAUCAGACAGACAGGCGUGUCCGUGGCUGGGAAACACGCCGUUGUGAUCGGUCGCAGUAAGAUCGUCGGAGCACCGAUGCACGACCUGCUGCUGUGGAACCACGCCACGGUGACCACCUGCCACUCAAAGACUUUGGACCUCCCUGAACAGGUGGGCCGGGCUGACGUCCUGGUGGUGGGGGCGGGCCGAGCGGAGAUGGUAAGAGGAGAGUGGCUAAAGGAGGGCGCGGUGGUCAUCGACUGUGGAAUCAACCACAUCCCAGAUGAGACAAAGCUGAGUGGUAAACGGGUUGUCGGCGACGUCCACUAUGCCUCAGCCAAUCAGAGAGCAGGAUUCAUCACACCUGUUCCAGGAGGGGUGGGGCCGAUGACGGUGGCCAUGCUCAUGGAGUCUGCGCUCAGGGUAACACUGUGCUCUCUAACAGGAGGCCGUCGUCAUGGAAACAGCAGCGGAGUCGUCAACAGGAAGUGA